AUGGAGACAUUGACGAGCUGCUGGGACGACAAGACGGCAGCCUGGAGGGGAAGCUCGCCUCUGACUAUACGAGGAACACCUAUCCCGCUGGUGCACAUGCCAGACGUGUAUUCCCGUCAUUAUCGGAAACAGUGGCGAGUAACGAAGCAGCAGUGGGCUGAAUGGAAGUAUCUGGUCGAAGAAUAUACGGAGCUGGGUGAUACGGAAUUCUGGAACAAAUACUCCCUCGGAGGACGACGACAGACUAUAUCCAGGAUUUCCAAGCGUAUCAAGCGCAACCGCUCACAUGAGAACCGUGAACUCGCGGCAACAGCUCGUCUACGAUAUGGACCGCAUUUCAAGGAACUAUUUUCAUAUCGGAAGGAUAAGGUCGAUCACAUAAUGACCCGAGCUCCGGACAUCGCUCGCAGGUACAAGGAGCUUAAUGGAUGGGAGGGAGAGAGGUAUACAUAG